GGAGGGAGGAAGGGAGGGGCCGGCGGGGGAGCUUCGGGCCACCUAGAAACGCUGCGGGCUGGGCGAGGGGCCGGGCGGGGCUCGCGCGCGGGUGAGCCUUCCUCUGCUGCCGGGCGAGAGGGCCGGGCCCUUGUCUGCGGGGUGCAGCAAUUCCUGACAGGUACUCUGGGUGUGGAGGAAACAAGAGGGUGCCUCAGAGCUUCUCUGCUCCAGGCCAGAGCUCAGGGAAUCCAGACAAGCCUGCUUGGCCCAGGGACUCAGCCCAGGAGGAGGAGGUGCCACUGGGGAGACCAAGGAGAGCCCAGACCAGCACAGACACCCUGAGGGGGCCUGAGGAGCCGCCCAGGGGUCUCUCCGGUCCGUCCCAAGCCCGUGCCAAGCAGGAUGAGGUUUCCGCGGCCCCCGCGGACAGAGGUGGCCCUGGCGGCGGGCCUGGGCAGCCUCGCCCUCCUCGUCGUCUGCGGUCUGCGCGGGUCGCCGGCCCCCUGCCGCAGCCCGCAGCGGCCCCCGGGCACUCCCGCGCCUGCGGCCUGGCCCUCCCUGCCGCCGCGGCCGCCGCCCGCGCCCUGCCGGGCCAACGCCUCGGUGGCCGCGCUGCCGGCCUUCGGGGGGCAGCCGCGGCACGUGCGCGACUUCCUGCUGUACAAGCACUGCCGCGACUUCCCGCUGCUGCAGGACGCGCCGCGCGACAAGUGCGCGCCGCCCGUCUUCCUGCUGCUGGUCAUCAAGUCCUCGCCGCGCAACUAUGAGCGCCGCGACCUGCUGCGCCGCACCUGGGGCCGCGAGCGCCAGGUGAGGGGCGCCGCGCUGCGCCGCCUCUUCCUGGUGGGGACCGCGCCCGACCCGCUGGAGGCCCACAAGGUCAACCGGCUGCUGGCCAUGGAGGCGCGCGCGCACGGCGACAUCCUGCAGUGGGACUUCCACGACUCCUUCUUCAACCUCACGCUCAAGCAGGUGCUCUUCCUGCGCUGGCAGGAGACUCGGUGCCCCAACGCCAGCUUCCUGCUCAACGGGGACGAUGACGUCUUUGCCCACACAGACAACAUGGUCUCCUACCUGCGGGACCACAGCCCUGACCGCCACCUCUUCGUGGGGCACCUGAUCCGCGACGUGGGCCCCAUCCGUGACCCCUGGAGCAAGUACUACGUGCCCGAGGUGGUGACGCCGGAGGAGCGCUACCCGCCCUACUGCGGGGGCGGCGGCUUCCUCCUGUCGCGCUUCACGGCGGCCGCCCUGCGCCGGGCCGCGCGCCGCCGGGAGCUCUUCCCCAUCGACGACGUCUUCCUGGGCAUGUGCCUGCGGCAGGAGGGGCUGGCGCCCGCCUCGCACAGUGGCGUCCGCACGGCCGGCGUCGGCGCCCCCUCGGCUCGCUCGUCGUCCUUUGACCCCUGUUUCUACCGCGAGCUGCUGCUGGUGCACCGCUUCUUGCCCUACGAGAUGCUGCUGAUGUGGGACGCGCUGAGCCGGCCCAAUCUCGCCUGCGGCAAGCGGACACAGGUCUACUGAGGGGGUGUCGGGGCCCCAGCCUCUAGGCUCCUGUCUCCGCCCCGGGAGGAGGCGGUAGUGUCUCCCCCCAGGAAGCUGAGACCUUUGUCCUCCUAAGUGGCCCAGGCAUAGGGCAGUGCCAGGGAGAGUUUGAUGACUGAAUAGUCUGGCUGGUGAACUCCUACACAUCCUUCAAAAUCCACAUGGUACUGCUUAGACCCUGUUCCAUUGUCCUCCCCAGACUCAGCUGGAGGGACCCUCUCAUUCCAUGGCAGCUAAUGGCAGAAGCACUUCUGCUAGGGUCCAGCUGCUCCUGGUACGUCCAUCCCGUUUGAAUCAAGGUCCCACUUCCCAGCUCUGACCUGGAUCGUGGGCUGGGCUCUGCACAGUGUCUGGCCUCUCCUCGGUCGUGGACCUGCAGUGGUUGGAUGGUAGGUGAGUUCCGGCCACGGGUCAAGGCCCUUUGGGAACUCCUGGGUCCACAUGCAGCUGAAGCGAGAAGCAUUUUUCAGCCGAGGAAAGAGGGGUUCUGUCCUCGACCCCUCCCCGGGUCUGGACCCCUCCCUGCUUGUGGUGUCAGGUGCCCUGAUGGUGGGCACGUCGGGCGGAGGAGGGGGCCGCCAGCAGUCUCAGGCUCUGGGAGCUCAGGAUCCCUGGCAGAGCCCAGCCCCGACACCUGCGCUCCCCAAGAAUUCAGGGAUCAGCCUGGGGCCAGAGGGGUCUUCACACACCCGAGGCCAGCACACUCACUCACCCGGUGCCCAGGGAAGGGGAGACUCAGGGCCUUGGGUGGCUCUGCGCGCUCGGGACCCAGGACAGCCCUCCAGUGUGUCUUUCAGGUUGAGGAGAUCCAAGCAGAUGGGUGACCCCCAGCCCUGCUGGGCUCAGACAGGUGUCUGCACUUGGGCUUCAUAGGCAUGGGGGCAGGGGCAGGGGCCCUCUGACGGCGAAGUCAGGACUGGGGAGUGGGUCCUCAGGGAAUAAAAUGUUUUGUGAAGACCUGGA